UUUAAAUAUUCGUUUUAAGAAGAUACUCAUAUACUUCGAAUGACACAUCCAAAAGGACAUGGCAACAAAUGCGAAUACCUGUCUGCCUACAAAACAUUUAAGGUUGGGAACCAUAUGACCGUGCAACAUUUAACAAAAAUAAUUAUAUGUUUGCUUUAUGUAGGCGUUUGAUAUUUUAUAACGCUACAUUACUAAUCUUUUUCGAAAUUGUAGACGUAUUCGUUAAUUCGAAUAGUGUUUAUUUUGCGGGUCAAUCAAGCAGCGCGUGAGGCGGAUUAAGGGGCGGGUCCUCGCGCUGUAGCAGCGGUUAGCGUCCAGUUUAAAUCAGUUCAUUUAUUGAGGCUGUAGCUGCGGUUCUUUCUGCCUCUUCGCCUUAUCGGCCUUGUUUCUGUUCUCAAAUCGGUGUGGGUUCGACUCCCACAUGUCGGCUGGUCCCAGCGUCACCGUGACGUCCUGAUGCCCGGCGUGCGGCUCAGGUAGGGCGGGUUGUUAUGGUAGAUAACGGGAGGCUCGUUCCUCGGGAUCUGAAGACCGAGCUCCUGGUCUGAGGUCGGUUCUCCUGCCGCGCUCCUCAUCGAUUAACGGCCCCAAGGAGAGAGAAGAACCACGAAGUGAGAAGAAACCAUAAGAGAGAGGAGAGGAACCCCGAAGUGCGUAGUGAUGCUGCGAUCGACUGCUCGGGACCGAGAGACCCCUCAGCCCGCACCAUGAUCCCCGGGAUGCCCGCCACCAUGAUCCCAGCCUCCGAGGCUGCCAAGAUCUACCAGACAAACUACGUGCGCAACUCCCGUGCGAUCGGGGUCCUGUGGGCGAUCUCUACAAUGAUCUUCGCCAUCGUGAACGUGGUGUGCUUCAUCACGCCCUACUGGAUCGGGGACGGCGCGGACAGCCCGCAGUCCGGGUACUUCGGCCUGUUCCACUACUGCAUCGGGAACGGCAUCACCCGGGAGCUGACCUGCCAGGGGAGCUUCACGGAGCUCCACACCAUCCCGUCAGGGGCGUUCAAGGCCGCGUCCUUCUUCAUCGGGAUGUCCAUGAUGCUGGUGGUGAGCUGCAUCGGCUGCUUCCUGCUCUUCUUCUUCUGCCGCACGGGCACGGUAUACAAGAUCUGCGGCUGGAUGCAGCUGGCGGCAGGUACCUGUCUGAUCCUGGGCUGCAUGAUCUACCCCGAUGGCUGGGACAGCGACGAGGUGAAGCGCAUGUGCGGCGAGCAGACGGAUAAGUACACCCUGGGGGCGUGCUCCGUGCGCUGGGCCUACAUCCUGGCCAUCAUGGGCAUCAUGGACGCCCUCAUCCUCGCCUUCCUCGCCUUCGUGCUGGGAAACCGCCAGGACAGCCUCAUGUCCGAGGACCUGCUGGGAGAGAAGAGCGGGAACAAGGCCAUAUGACCGGUGGAACACCUUCUCCCAGGUGUUCCCCACUAUCAGGACGACACCUUGGGUCCUGACCCGACCUCGUUCUACUCAGUCCAUGUUGAGCCAGGAGGAGACCCGCCGGCAGGACUUGAAGAGCAUGUAUUGAAAGCACUUCAGGACCGCCAACCUUGUUAAAUAUCUUUCUUCGUCUUAGCACUCACCAGCCUCACCUUGACUCUGGUUUUAAGCUGCAGUUCAGGAGCUCAAAAAAUGCACAAAGAAAUAAAGCAACUAGCUGCUACCUAAAACUUUAUGCUGUACAGGGGAAACAAACAGAACAAUGUUUCUCAAACCGUAGUGUGGAAACACAGGAUAGAGUUUCUUAUCUUCGUCUCUUAAGUUGUGUUUUGAAAAUGUUUUCUUUCGGGGGCUAAACAACACCUGAUUGGUUCUCUGCCCCUGUCUGUCAUGAAACCUGCACCCCAACAGCAUCCAGAUGCUGGCUGAAACACCGUGAACAUGUGGUUAAGCUGAUGAGGUUGGUCUGCUGGGACAGAGCGAUUGGCUUAUCGUCCUCAAGGAUCGCUGCAGAUAUUGGACCAGAAUAUUGGAAGUCGAAACAUUUGUCAUGGGUAUGAAUUGUAGAUCUUGUCUAUACAGCUUCAUUUAGAUAAGUUCCCUUGUCCUCUUGACUUCACAACGUUCACACACCAACAACACGCACCAAGAUACGGUCUGUCGCAGUACUGCCAUAGCAUCAUCUAAGGGGGAUUUAUUGAGAGGCUCUUCAGCAGAAAACUAGUUUCCCUGAGAUAACAGAAUCCAUCCUCAGUUAAUCCCUGUAUAGGAACUAAGGACGGACCCAGAUCUACAGGGGGUCAGAGGUCAACGAGGUCAGAGCUCAAUGGACAUUCAGGUUGUAACGUCUCCGCCGUCCACUCGGUGGAAGUUGACCUCGUCAACAGAGAAUCUUGACAGAGGACACUGCAGUGUGUUCGGCUUACAGAUGUUGUCCAUACUGGAGAUGCAGUGAUUUAACUGCCGAGUCUGUAUAUAUUGACAUGUGUACAUUUUACAUUGUAACUACUGAUUAAAGAUUAAAUUGAAUAAAAACUGAAACUCUUACGUC